GGAAACCAAACACCAGAGCUGCAGUAAGAGGAGGAGCAACACUGGAAAGAGGAGAGCUUCAACGUCACACUCCAGAAAUGAAAGUGAAGUUUGUCAGAGUGUCAGCCACGCUGCAGUCGAGACAAGUCUCUGUUUCUCUCUGAAAGAAAACUCAAACUGACUUCAUCAGGUCUUUCUCAACAACACAGCAGAGUCUCUGACAAACACUGAUAUGACUGCUGCAAACUAUCUGCCAUCUGAAGAUCAGUUUCUGUGCCCCAUCUGUCUGGAUGUGUUCACUGAUCCUGUCACCACAUCCUGUGGACACAACUUCUGCAAGAACUGCAUCAAUGAACACUGGAAUACUAAUGACCAGUACCUGUGUCCGAUGUGUAACAAGGUUUUCAACACAAAACCUGAGCUGCACGUCAACACUUUCAUCUCUGAGAUGGUCGCUCAGUUCAGAGAGUCAGCUCAACAGAAAGCCAGCAGCAGCAGCUCAGAGCAACAAGUGUCCAAACCAGGAGAAGUUCCCUGUGACGUCUGCACUGGAACCAAACUGAAGGCUCUGAAGUCCUGCCUGGUGUGUCUGGCCUCCUACUGUGAGACUCACCUGGAGCCUCACCUGACAGCUUCACGUCUGAAAAGACAUCAGCUGAUCGACGCUGUGGAGAACCUGGAAGACAGGAUGUGUACGAAGCACGAUAAACCUCUGGAGCUGUUCUGUAAGACCGACCAGACAUGUGUCUGCAUGCUCUGCACUGUUUUAGAUCACAAGAUGCAUGAUGUUGUUCCUGUGAAAGAAGGAUAUGAAGGAAAGAAGGCAGAGCUGGGGAAGACAGAGGCUAAAAUCCAGCACAUGAUCCAGAAGAGACGACUGAAGAUUCAGGAGAUCAAACACUCAGUCGACCUCAGUGAGGAAGAUGCAGGAAGAGAGAGAGCAGAAGGUGUUCAGGUCUUCACUUCUCUGAAGGAGUCUGUUGAGAGAGGCCUGAAUGAGCUCAUCAACACGAUCAAAGAGAAGCAGAAAACAACAGAAAAACAGGCCGAAGCUUUCAUCAAAGAGCUGGAACAGGAAAUCUCUGAGCUGAUGAAGAGAAGCACUGAGGUGGAGCAGCUCUCACGCUCUGAAGACCACCUCCAUCUUCUCCAGAGUGUCCGGUCCCUAAUGAUCAACCACCCUCCACCCACCAAGGACUGGACAGAAGUCAGCAUCCAUCCAUCAUAUGAGGGGACUGUGGUGAAAGCUGUGGUUGAGCUGGAGGAAACACUCAGUAAAAAGAUGAAGAAGUUGCUCCCUGAGUCUGAGCUAAAGAGGGUCCAGCAGUAUGCAGUGGAUGUGACUCUUGAUGCUGAUACAGCAUCUCCCUAUCUCAUCAUGUCUGAUGAUGGAAAACAAGUGAAUCAUGGUAAUGUGAGGAAGAAUCUCCCAAACAAUCCAGAGAGAUUUUCUCUCAAUCCCUUUGUUUUAGGAAAGCAGAGUUUCUCUUCAGGCAGAUUUUACUUUGAGGUUCAAGUUAAAGGAAAGACUGGCUGGGCUUUAGGAGUGGCCAGAGAGUCUGAUAUGAGAAUGAUAGUGAUGUGAGGAAGAAUCUCCCAGACAACCCAGAGAGAUUUUCUGAUUUUGUUUGUGUUUUAGGAAAGCAGAGUUUCUCUUCAGGCAGAUUUUACUUUGAGGUUCAAGUUAAAGGAAACACUGAAUGGGA